AUGCCAGACAUGUACCCCUCCGCCCGCAAGCGUCGCACCGACGAGCUUGCCAGACUAGCCGACUACCACAUCCAGCACGACCUCUCAGCCUCCGACCGCGACGCCUUGAAGUCCGCAGCGAAGACCGUCUCCGUAUGGACGACCGUCGGAUCAGCGAUUGGAAUCGGCCUCGGACUCUACGCUGCGUUCCGCCUGCGAAGCUCAAGAAAGGCAUUCUUCGAUGUCUUCCGCGCCGCGGAGAAGCCCACCCAGAUCGUUUUUGCGAAUGGAAGGACUGAGGCACUUCCCGAUAUUACACCCCUUCUCAGGCCGACGACGCUGGGUGAUUUCGUCACCUACUUCUUUGCGUCCGCGGGUGGUUUGUUCCUCGGUGGAGAACUAGACACCAGGCUUUCUCGGUGGUGCUGCGAGCGGUAG